ACAACUUGGAUACAAGAUGAUGCAUCAGAAACUCCUUCAAGAGGGAUAUGUUGUUACACAGGAAACAGUUCGCCUGAUGAUGCAUAUUUGUGACAAAGAAGGUAUUGAACAGAGAAGGAGAACUCGUCUUCAACGUCGGAUGUACCUGAAUCUUGGACCUAAUUAUUUAUGGCAUAUCGACGGGUAUGAUAAAUUGAAACCGUAUGGGCUGUGUAUCAACGGAGCUAUCGAUGGAUUUUCUCGUUUCAUAAUUUGGCUUGAGGUGCACAAAACAAACAGCGAUCCUAAGAUAAUUGCUAGUUAUUUUAUGAAUGCUGUGAAACAUUUGCAAGGCUGUCCAACGCGUGCUAGGUCAGAUUAUGGCACCGAGAAUGUUUACAUUCGACAGAUGGUCAUUUUUCUUAGGGGUCAGAGAGACGAACAGUUAACAAACAGCUGUUUUUUACAAGGAUCAAGUAACCAUAAUCAAAGAAUUUAGCGUUGGUGGGGUAUACUUCGAAAUGAAAAUGUUCAGUACUGGAUAGAUUUUUUCACAAUGCUGAAAAGUACUGGUGAUUUCAACGGAAGCUUCCUUGAUAAGGCUGUUCUGCAGUUUUGUUUCAUGGACUUAAUUCAGGAAGAACUUAACUCUAUAGUUAAACUGUGGAAUAACCAUCGUAUAAGACCAUCAAGCAAUCCAAACCAGCCAUACGGAAGACCAUUUCUGAUGUAUCAUUGUCCUGGUAUGUUCGGCUGUCAGGAUUACCUUUGUCGUACAUCUGAAGCACAGGUGAACUUGUGUCUUGAGGAAAGUAUUCAAAAGGGAAAUGUUACAUGUGACGAAACGGUGUUUGAACUGUGUACCAUCAUCAUGUCGGACCAUAAUCUGAUGCCUGCCAAAACAGCAGACGAUGCUGCACUGCUUUACCAAUUUCUCCGACGGGAAAUAUUAAACGAACUUCACCAGGACUAAGCCUAAAUGCAAGACCAACCAAUAUAAGGCGAAGUCUGUCGACGCACAGGCUACUCCGUUACUUACAAGUUAUUUUAAACAAGUUGACCAUGUUCAUUUGUAAAACAUGAAAAUGACGUAUAACUGUUAACUGAGUGUUGUAAACAUAUUAAAUAGUGUUUUUAAAUCAAUUCAUAGUUAAUCUCAGUAUUAGCAAAGCAGGAACAAUUUCAGUGUUUAACAAUUUAAAGAACCAGUAAACGCAUCUAUUGUAACCCUUUGCUCUUGUGCGAGAAUUGAUCCAAAAGUUCAUGGAUAUUAGUUAUUUAUUACAUACUCGUUUUUAUUCCCCGUUAAGUUGCACUGGUACCGGAAACGUCAAUAUUUUCCAUACACUGACGCCUGAAUUUCAUAUCGGGUGCGUGACGUAAUUCAGUGUUGUUGCACUACUUUUUCUUUUUAGUUCAGUAUUGUCAAUCCUAUUCAGGCUAUUAACAUAUUUAUGAUAUUUACAUAAAAUUUAUACGUGUAGAUGCGUAUGUAAUAAAAAGGUUAUUAUCUUUGCAUCGGGAAAUAUGCACUCGUUCUUCAGCGGAAGAAUAUUGCGCUCCUAAAGUCGCGCAAUAUUUCCGCUGAAGAACUCGUGCAUAUUUCCCGAUACAAAGCUAAUAACCUAUAAA